AUGGCAACAAAUGAGAACCUCCCACCAAAUGUCAUCAGGCAAUUGGCUAAAGAACUGAAGAAUCUUGAUGAAUCACCUCCGGAAGGGAUUAAAGUUAUUGUUAAUGAUGAUGACUUCAGCACCAUUUUUGCUGAUAUUGAGGGCCCUGCUGGUACUCCAUAUGAGAAUGGAGUAUUCCGGAUGAAGCUAUUGUUGUCCCGUGACUUCCCUCACUCUCCCCCGAAAGGAUUCUUCUCGACAAAAAUAUUCCAUCCAAACAUAGCAACUAGUGGCGAGAUAUGUGUGAACACGUUGAAAAAGGACUGGAACCCUAGUCUUGGAUUGAGACAUGUUCUGCUGGUAGUGAGAUGCCUUCUGAUCGAACCAUUCCCCGAAUCUGCCCUUAAUGAACAAGCUGGAAAAAUGUUGCUUGAAAACUACGAGGAGUAUGCACGCCUCGCAAGGCUAUACACCGGCAUUCAUGCACAUAAACAUAAGAACAAGUCCAAGAGCGGAGCCAUUUGUGAGUCAACCACAGCUCUAAACGUUGGCCAGAGCAACAACACCGUUCCGAGCAAGAACAUACCAUCGGCGCCAGCACUAGUAUCUGCAUCCACCUCGACCAAAGUUCUCGGCAUACAGGAUCAGAACGCUGCUCCUUCUGAUCCUUCUGUAGGACCAUCAACGGCACACAAGAAGGACGGGCCGCUUGCCGUCAAAAUCCCAGCCGAGAAGAAGAAGGUGGAUGCCAGGAAGAAGAGCCUGAAGAGGCUGUGA